CAUGGUAAUCAUGGCUGUACCUUGAACCUAAAUUCCAUGUUUCCGGUUGACCAUUGCUAAUUAAGGCCGUGUCGCUUAAGGCUCUACCACAGCACACCUGAUCUACGCAUGUCGCCGUGCGCAUCUUUGUUUAAACCUCAAGAGGAUUUAGAUUCAAAGCCUAUUUUAAUUUUUGGAUCUCGUUUAUUAUCUUACAGAGGAGCAAUGUGCUGAAAUAUAAGUGUUCACAAGAAUGGAUGCUCUCUCUAUACUACUUGUCAUCAUCGUGAUCGUCCUGGCUCUGAUCUGUAUGAUCAAAGUAACAGGACCAGACCACAGCAGCUUUCAAAAAAUGGGCAUAGCCACACCUCCUCCAUCUUGGCUCCUUGGUAAUUUCAUGCUUGAUAUAAAACAUGGAAUUUUUGAAGUGCAGAGGAUCUUUUAUAAACAAUUUCAAGAUAAAAAGGUGUAUGGCUGGUAUGGCUGUAGAACUCAAGUUAUGAUUGCCAGAGAUCCGGAUAUUAUUAAAGAGAUUCUUGUGAAAAAUUUCAACAACUUUGUUGAUCGGAAUGAUUUCUUCUCUGUUGAAUCUCCUUUAAAAGAGAGCAUACUCUUUCUUAAAGGGGAGCAUUGGAAACAAGUGAGAAAACUAGUUAGUCCAACUUUCAGCUCCAGUCGUAUCAAAGUUAUGUCCCAUCAUAUUGAACGCAAUGCCAAGAUACUGCUAGAACACAUCCAUACACUACAGGAGUCAGGCCAGGAGGUUGAGCUGAGAGAGUUUAUUUCAGCGUUUACCUUAGAUGUGAUAGCCAGCACAGCUUUUGGUCUAGAUCUCAAUACACUUAAAAAUCCAAACUCUAGGUUUGCUACUGAAGCUUACAAGAUCCUGAACCCCAACCCAGUGCUUUUUUCAUUUGCUUUUAUGUCCCCAUUUUUGGGAAGGCUUUUUUCAAAAAUGGGUUUACCAUUUUUCCCCAAAAAAUCCAUGGAUUAUUUUGCACAAGUAGUGGAUACAGCUAUAGAAGAAAGGAAAAGAGAUGGACUUAAUGGCAAAGUAAAUGACUUCCUUGAUCUGAUCAUGAAUGCUGAAAAAACUGAUGUUGAACAAGAAAAAGAACUUACAAGAGUUGAAAUACAUGGCCAGUCACUAAUUUUUAUUCUUGGUGGCUAUGAUUCACUGGCAGCAAGUUUAUCCUUCACCUUGUUUCUCCUGGCAAUACAUCCUGAAAUUUGCCAGAAAGUCCUAGACCAGAUAGAUGAAAAAUGUGGACAAAAAUUACCAAGUUAUGAAACUGUCCAGGAAUUAACCUAUCUUGAAAUGUGUACCAAUGAAACUUUGAGGAUGUUUCCAACAGGCGUCUUCUUAAACAGAAAUGCCAUUGAUGACAUAAAUAUUCAAGGCAUUCAUAUCCCUAAAGGUAUGACAGUGAUGAUUCCAGUGUAUGCAUUGCACACUGACCCCGACAUUUGGCCGGAACCCGACAAAUUUAUCCCAGAAAGGUUUACACCAGAGAACAAAGAAUCCAGACACCCUUAUACCUAUUUGCCUUUUGGUCAGGGUCCAAGAGGCUGUGUUGGAAUGCGACUGGCACAGCUGGAGUUGAAGAUCACCUUGGCAACAAUCUUACAGUCCUAUGUCCCAGUGAGGUGCACCAAGUCUGUGUACCCUGUUACUAUAACCAAAUUUCAGCUGAAGGCAAAGGAUGGCUUGUGGGUGAAAUUUGAAUCUAGAAAAAAAGCUGCAUGAAAAUAUGCAGUGAGGGAAUAUUAAAAAGAAAAAGCUGCACUGCUGAGCUGCUUAAUUCAUUUCUUAAACAUUAGAGCCAUACUUGUAUUGUUUAUAU